AUGGGAGAAGUUGUAGAUUAUUUCAGUGAAGCCGCUAGUUCAGAGCCUGCUAACAGUAGCGAUGUCAUGGGAAAUAGUAAUAGAAGCGGUUUGAAGGGAGUUCAGGUCCCACUUUUCAAAGGAAAUCGGGAAAACUGGCCAUAUUUUUGGGGUAUUUUCAAGUCCCUUGUGCAUGACAAUAAAACGCUGAGUGAGCCUGUGAAGCUCGCACAUUUGAACAACUCCCUCGCUGACAAUGUCAAAAUUGUGAUUUCGGGUCUAACCGGGGGUCCUGGGGAUUAUGAGAAGUCUGUCAAGUUGUUAGAGGGAAGAUUUGGGGACCCGAGGGAUGUGAUAGAGGCCCAUUUAAACCGAAUCACAGACUGGCCUGCUGUUAGGAGUGAUGACCGCACGGGGUUUGAGGGGUUUGCAGACGCCUUGCAGGCCGCAGUGUUUGCGCUAGAUAACCCUACAUUUCAACAUGAGCUAAAGAGUCUGCCACUUUGCACCCAGUUAGUGCGCAAACUGCCUGCUGAAGAAAGGGAUGAGUGGGUGCGGCAAGUAGAGAGGGGGCAGGUGCAAGAGGAUCUAAAGGGGUUAGCUGAGUGGGCGCAGACACGGUCAAAGACACUGCGCAUGCGCGAGCGCUAUAAUGAACAGCCCACAGCUAAAAGCGUGCCCGCAGCUAAAGGUGUGUCCCAACAAAGGCGACACCAGAGGUACCAAACCAUGCACGUUGGUGAGAAGCACCAACGAAAAAGUGCCCUAUGUGAAAAGGAUCACUCCGAGUCAAAAUGCCCAACCCUUUUACCAGCAACGGUAGACAAGCGCUGGGAGAUGGUUAAGGAGAAAAGAGUCUGUUUUGGCUGUCUCAGGGGGGGACAUCAGCGACGUUCGUGCAGUAGAUCCCAGAAAUGCGGAGUUGAUGGUUGUGACAGAGGUCAUCAUUACCUUUUGCAUUCCUUUGCUCCCAAACAACCACCUAGAGAGCCCUUAACUGUUGAACUUCCUCCAGGGGAUAAAGAGGUUCAUUGCGGGAAAGCGCAAGCCAGCACGCCAAGUGUCAAUAAAGUCGCGCUCAAAACUGUUGCAGUACCAUUUACCAGUGACUCUGGCCAAGUAGUUAUGGGAUUAGUACUUUUGGAUUCAGGCAGCGAAACUACCCUUGUAAGAACUGGGUUUGCAAAGCAACCUGGGAUAUCAGGUCCUAGGCAAAACCUAACCGUUGACACAGUAGGGGGGGUUAGUACCACGGUCAAGUCAGAGCGCGUGCAUCUACCAUUUGCAUCAUCUGCGGUUAAAGGAACUGUGAGCGCGUGGACAUUAAAAAGCAUCUGUGCUCCUGUCAGUGCUAUUGAUUGGUCAGAGGUCAAGCGACGCUAUGCGCAUUUGUGUGAUGUCCCAGUAGAGAACACGGGCAACGGGACGGUUGAUGUUUUGUUAGGCCUCGACACAGCAGCCUUAAUGGCCCCAUUGGAAGUCAGGAGGGGUGGGGUCACAGAACCGUAUGCUGAGAAGACACCGCUGGGGUGGGUUAUCGCGGGCCCAGUCUCAGACUCCGAGGGUGGGGGAAAGCGCAUACUCCGCGCACACGUGUCAAAAGCCGAAGACGACACAAAUCACAACCUGCGCAUGUUCUGGGAAGUAGACACGUUUGGCGUCCGCGUCGAAGAAUCACCACCAUACAGCCGCAGCGAACAGAGAGCCUUGGAUGCCUUGGAUAAGUCAUGCCGACUAGUGGAUUCAGGUUACGAGUUAGCGCUUUUGUGGAAACCUGACCGACCUCCAUUACCUAACAACUACGCCACAGCUUUGGGUCGCCUAGAGUCAGUGGAGCGUCGCCUGCAGAAAGACCCGGAGCUGGCGCAAGGGUAUAAGAAAGCGAUCAGCGCGUACGUCGAGAAGGGGUUUGCCCGCAAGCUCUCAGAUGAGGAACGGGUGGAGGAUACAGAGCAAUGGCUGCUACCCCAUCACCCGGUGUUGUCGCCACACAAGCCUCUUCCAAGAGUCGUGUUUGAUUCAGCCGCAGUGCACGAUGGGAUCUGUCUCAACGACUGUCUAGAAGCAGGGCCUAGUCUACAUAACGAUCUACCAGGCGUUUUGAUGCGUUUCCGUGAACGACCUGUAGCGCUCGCGGGUGAUGUGUCAGACAUGUUUUGUCAUGUGCGCUUGCGUACAGAGGACCGCAAGUACCACCGCUAUCUUUGGCGAGAUCUAGAGACGGACAAGCCGCCUGAUGUUUAUGAGAUGAAUUGCCUCGUGUUCGGAGAUAAGUCGUCGCCAUGUGAAGCGAACUUUGCCGUCCAGCGUACAGCUGAAGACAACAAAGAGCAAUGGCCAGACGCCGCCGCCGUAGUCAAGCGCGAGAUAUUCGUUGAUGACUUAUACACGUCCUGUGAGGAUGUCGGAGAAGCUGUAAAGCUGCGCGAGGAUGUUACCGCACUUAUGGCUGAUGGGGGAUUUCCCAUGCGUAAGUGGAUGUCGUCGUCUGCCGAGGUGUUAGCUACCGUGCCGGAGAGAGAGCGAGCCGUCCGUAACGAGGCCCUAGAGAUGGGAGAGCUGCCGCAAGGUCGAGCGCUUGGGGUGCGAUGGGAUCCUCAGUCAGACACCCUCGGCUUUGCAUUUGCACACGUCGAAAGACCCCCCGCAGAAGAAACAAAACGGGGUGUCCUCAAGAAACUAGCGGGAUUGUAUGACCCGUUAGGAUGGGCAAGUCCAUACGUGGUUCGCGCCAAAGUCAUGUUGCAGCGUACAUGGUCACGUGGCAUAGACUGGGGUGAGUUACUACCGUCAGAUCUGCGCUUAGAGUGGAGCAAGUGGGAGGCGGAGAUGGUUACCCUAAAGUCCUUUGUUGUCCCACGCUACAUUUACCGUCAGCCCAGUAGGUUAAGGAAGAAGCAGUUAGUAGUGUUUUGCGAUGAAGCAUGCGCCGCAGUCGCCUACGUGCAACGUCGACAGUCGGGGAAGUCACGUGUCAUCUAG